AUGGUUGUCCGCGCCGUCGCCAACGACCUCCUCCCGCUGGAGCUCCACGACCACAUUUUCUCCGGCAUCCGCCGCCUCCUCUCCAACCAGCUCACCAUGGUCAUCGACGAGUUCGACGGCCUCGACCCCCCACGACAUCUACCAGGCCGCCAAGGCUCACCAUCUUCGCCGCCUCCUCUUCGCCUUCUCCAACCAGCUCACCGUGGGUUUUGUUAUUUCAGACGGCAGGGCAUCGAUCGAAUCACCUCUCCUCCACAUUCCAACUAUACAUACUCUGUUCUAGCUGAUGUUCAUGCUGGCAUCGAUAUGUUUAUGCUGCCAUUCAACUUCACUGAGUUCAUUAAUGACCUCACUUAUCUGGUGAAGGACAACUUUAUCUCAAUGGAUCGUAUAGAUGAUGUUGUUGAGAGAAUUUUGCUCGUCAAGUUCAAAUUGGGUCUCUUUGAAAACCCUCUCGUUGAUCUUAGUCUGGUCAUUGAGGUCGGGAGCCAGCCCACUAUGGCGGAUUAUCGCGAGGAAGAACAGAAGAAGGAGGAACCGUUGAUUGAGAAGAUCGCCGAUAAAAUCCGCGGUCACAGUUCAUCGUCUUCGUCGUCGUCGUCCUCGGACUCUGAGGAUGAGAAGCCGUCGCCGUUGAAGGCCAAAGUAUCCCGCCUCUUCGGAAGGGAGAAGCCUGUUCAUAGGCUCCUCGGCGGUGGCAAACCUGCUGAUGUGUGUCUAUGGAGGAACAAGAAAAUCUCGGCAGGAUUGCUCUGUGGGGCCACCGCAAUUUGGGUUCUCUUUCAUAUUCUCGAGUACCAUUUGUUAAGUUUCGUCUGCCAUGGUUUGAUGCUCGUGCUCACUGUUUUGUUUCUGUGGUCCAAUGCCUCCGCUUUCAUCAACAAAUCUCGUCCUCGCAUUCCGGAAGUGAGUAUUCCUGAAAAGCCAUUGCUGGAAUUUGCCUCCACUUUGAGGAUUGAGAUCAACCAUGCCUUUGCAGCUCUGAGGGAUAUUGCAUCUGGACGGGAUGUGAAGAAAUUCCUCUCCGUGAUUGCCGGCUUGUGGGUAUUGUCAAUCGUGGGAAGUUGCUGCGACUUUUUGACUCUGCUUUACACAAGUACUGUGCUGCUAUUCACCGUGCCAAUUUUGUACGAGAAGUAUGAAGUCCAGGUGGACUCUUAUGCUGAGAAGGCAGUAGCUGAGCUCAAGAAACAGUACACUAUUUUUGAUGAUAAAGUCUUGAGCAAGAUCCCUAGAGGGCCAUUGAAAGACAAAAAGCGUGAAUAAGCUCCUAUAUAUAAAUCUUACUAAAUACUCGACCUAGUGAAGAUGUGUUGAUAAGAAUUUCUUAUUUGUUGGUAUUUGUUGCCUGUUCUUAGUAUUUGAGUAUGCCACCAGAACGAAUAAAAACGAAUUAUCGAUUAUCAUGUAUGUUGUGGUAUUAUUAUUAGUCUUUCACUCUCGGAUGUGUGAUUAAAACGAUUUGCAUUUUUAAAGUUCUGUGUCCGGUUCGUUUAGCAGUUCUUUUUUUCUCUUUGAUGCUCAAGUUUUGUGUGUUGUUAAUUGAGAUUGUGUUACUUUCUGUUGGUAU